AGCCGGGCCCGCCCCCAUGGCUCUGCAGAGGCUGUGCCGGGGCGCCGGGGCGCUCGGCUGCAGGAGGAGCUCCGGCCUGCAGGGCCAGAUGCCGGGAGAACUGGUGAAGGCCCUGCGAGCCGUAGCGGGGAGCCCAAACGUGUCCACAGCCCUGGCUGUCCGGGAGCAGCAUGGGAGGGAUGAAUCCAUGCACAGGUGCAGCCCGCCGGACGCUGUGGUCUGGCCACAGGAUGUGGAACAGGUCAGCAAGCUGGCGGGGAUCUGCUACAGUCACGGUGUCCCCAUCAUCCCCUUCAGCACUGGCACAGGCCUGGAGGGCGGCGUCACGGCAGUGAGAGGCGGCGUGUGCUUUAACCUGACCCGAAUGGAUCGCAUCACAGCGCUCAGCACUGAGGAUUUCACUGUGGCCGUGGAGCCAGGGGUGACCCGCAAAGCACUCAACAGUUACCUGCGGGACACUGGCCUCUGGUUCCCUGUCGACCCUGGUGCCGACGCCUCCCUGUGCGGCAUGGCGGCCACCAGCGCCUCAGGCACCAAUGCCGUGCGCUACGGCACCAUGCGCCACAACGUGCUCAACCUGCAGGUGGUGCUGGCCGAUGGCAGGGUGCUGCACACAGCUGGCCGGGGCCGCCAUUUCAGGUACUGGGGGCUGCGGCUCAGGGGUGGGGGGCACCAGGGGACUCCUGCCCUGAGAUCUCAUCCCAGCCCCUUGCCCUGCUGCAGGAAGAGCGCUGCUGGCUACAACCUGACGGGGCUGUUUGUGGGCUCUGAGGGGACGCUUGGCCUCAUCACCCAGGCUACACUGCGUCUCCACGGCAGCCCUGAGGCCAUUGUGGCGGCCGUGUGCGCCUUCCCCAGCGUGCAUGCGGCGGUGGGCUGCACGGUGCAGGUGCUGCAGGCCGGUAUCCCCGUGGCCCGGAUUGAGUUCCUGGACGAUGUCAUGAUGGCCGCCUGUAAUCGGUUCAGCGGCCUGAGCUACGCCGUGUCCCCCACACUCUUCCUGGAGUUCCACGGCUCGCCCGGCAGUGUGGAGGAGCAGGUCCGGCAGGCAGGGGAGAUUGUGCAGCUGAACGGUGGCUCGGACUUUGCCUGGGCCUGGGAGCUGGAGGCGAGGAACAAGUUGUGGGCUGCUCGGCACAACGCCUGGUAUGCGGCCUUGGCCCUGCGCCCUGGGAGCAAGGUGGGCCUGAUAGUCGGGCACGUGGGUGACGGGAACUUUCACUGCAUCUUGGUGUUCGACCCGGCUGACCUGGAUGAGAUCCAGCGUGUCAAGGAGUUUGCAACCCGACUGGCCAGACAGGCCCUGGCCCUGGAUGGGACCUGUACAGGCGAGCAUGGCAUCGGGCUGGGCAAGCGCCAUCUGCUGUGCGAGGAGAUUGGGGAGCUGGGACUGACCAUCAUGAGGCAGAUCAAGGCCAUACUGGACCCCAAGAACCUCAUGAACCCCGGGAAGGUGCUGUGA